GUUGGACUAUACCCGACCAGUUGCAGAGAUGGCGACGGAGCAAAAGAAACCCCUUCCUUUCAUUGCGAACUUCACUGCUGGGGCAAUUGCUGGAAUUUCCGAAAUUUUAACAUUCUACCCUCUCGAUGUCGUUAAAACGCGCAUGCAGUUGGAGAGGGGAAAGACCUCACAUGGGUUAGUCGGAAGCUUCAAGUCAAUAAUAGCGGAAGAAGGAGUCGGGAGACUUUACAGAGGUCUGGCUCCGCCACUGAUGUUAGAAGCCCCAAAACGAGCGGUGAAAUUUGCCUCAAAUGACUUUUGGGGCAAGACAUACAUGGGCUGGGCUGGCGAGAAGAAAAUGAAUCAAUCCCUGUCUGUUCUAACUGGCUGCAGUGCCGGUGCUACUGAGAGUUUUGUAGUGGUACCGUUCGAGCUCGUGAAAAUCAAACUACAGGACAAAAACAGCGUGUACGCGGGCCCAAUGGAUGUUGUCCGUCGUAUUAUCAAGAGUGAUGGCCUCCUCGGCCUUUACGCAGGAAUGGAAGCGACUUUCUGGAGGCACGUCUGGUGGAAUGGAGGGUACUUCGGAUCGAUUUUUCAGGUGAAAGCCGUGUUGCCGAAAGCGGAGACCCCUCAAGGUACUCUGCUGAACAAUUUUGUGUCUGGGACGGUUGGCGGAUUCAUCGGCACAGCAUUAAAUACCCCAUUUGAUGUGGUAAAGUCGCGCAUCCAGGGUGCAGAGAAGAUUCCAGGAGUCACUCCCAAGUACAAUUGGACCUACCCAGCUCUAGCGACAAUUCUCCGCGAGGAGGGACCAGCUGCUCUGUACAAAGGCUUCGUACCCAAGGUACUUCGGCUGGCACCGGGCGGCGGUGUUCUGCUUCUUGUAGUAGAGUUCACGCUUUCUCUAUUCCGCAAAGCACUCGGGCCUCCAUAUGUCUGAAGGAUCAGUAUUUAUCCAUUAGAUAUCGAACAUAGAAUGGAACUUCCAUAGACACUAGGCUGUAUCGGAUGCAUGCACUCGGACCAUUUGUACAUGCCACGGGUUUCGUCAUUAAUAGCCUCUUCGGAUGCUUUUCGUGAAAACCAGUUUCGCCUGCUUCCACGACACUUCAACCAUUCUUGGUCAAUGUCAUUCACUCAAGAACGGAAGCAGCUGUCUAUAGACUCCGGAUGCAUUCCUUCACACGGAUCAGUCUUUAGGCUUCUGGCGCCAAUGCCGACAUUCGUGAAAACCUGCUGCAACAGCUGCGUAAACCUUACGUCUUCCUUGUUGCACGUUGUGCGGAUACUUCGCGGGCGGCGUCGGUGACUUUUGGUGUUAAUAGAAGAUCGGUGACCUUCGCGGGUGGUUUCCGCUACUUCUAUUUUUGAGCAGGGCACGGUUGUCUUCUGAAUUUACGUUAGGUUAAAGCCAAAUUGACGACGAAUGCG